UUAAAGAAAGGCAGAGGGUGAAAGGAAGCGGGAGAGGAGAAGAAAGAGAAGCCGGGAGGCGAGGCGCCGUCCAAUGACAAAGCCCAGGGGUGGGCGCCGGCCGCCAUCUUGCACCGGCGGCGGGAUCACCCGCGUCCUCCGCCCUCGGAGGGGGAGGGGCGGCGGCCGAGGCGAGAAAAGUAGCGACAGGCGCGCCGGGCGGUAGGCGCCUUCAGCGGCCGCCGCCGCGGAGCCGGGCGCGGGGGUGAGGCGGCGGCGGCGGCGGCGGCGGCGGGGCCCGGCGGGCGCGGGCGGCCCCGAGCGGCCUCCGAUGCGGCGCUCCGGGAAGAGGCGGCGGCCCCCGGCGGCCCCGGCCUCCGCCUGGCGGGGCGGCGGCGUGAGGGCAGGAGCCGGGGCCGGGCUGGAGGCGCAGGAGGAGAAGGUGGUGUACUCGCGCUCGCAGCUGUCGCUGGCCGACACCACCAAGGCGCUGGGCGAAGCCUUCAAGCUGUUCAUGCCCCGCAGCACGGAGUUCAUGAGCUCGGACGCGGAGCUCUGGAGCUUCCUGUGCAGCCUCAAGCACCAGUUCUCCCCGCACAUCCUGCGCAGCAAGGACGUCUACGGCUACUCCUCCUGCCGGGCCCUGGUGCCCGACCCCCCGGCGCCCCCCGCCCGCGGCCCGGCGCGCAGGCCGGCGCGGGGCCCGGCAGCCCGGAGGGCGGCCAGGAGGAGGCGCCGCGGAGUCCGGGCGGCCGCCGCCCGCAGGAAGAAGCCGCCGCCGCCGCCGCUGCCGCCGCCGCCGCCGGCCCCCGGGGAGAGCUGUGCGGCGGAGCCCGGGACCCUCGGCCCCUGCUUCGGCGGUCGCACCCUGGAGGAGAUCUGGAGGGCGGCCACCCCGACGCUGACCACCUUCCCCACCAUCCGCGUCGGCGGCGACGUGUGGGGCGAGCGCAGCCUGGCGGCGGUGCGGCGCCGGGCGCGCCAGGUCCUGCGAGUGAACCUGGAGCCCGUGGUGAGGCUCCGCCGCUUCCCGGUGCCUCGGGCGUGAGCUGCAGCCCCCCGCCUCUCCCCGCCCCGCCCCGACCCUCGGACGGAGCUCCCGCCUGGAGGGAUGGACAAGUGUCAGUCGAGUGUUUACAGAUCCGGCCCGGACUCCGUCCCCUCGUGCACUUUACGGGCGAAGAAGUCACCGCGCGGGGUGCCCGGCCCCGCGCCCCUGGACGCCGCGCCGCCGCCUGGGACCCCGGGGCAGGUGUGCCCCCCGCUGCCCCUCGGCGCCCGGUCCGCGGAGGGAGGAGACCGCUGGACCCGCGGGAGGGGCCCCCCUCUCUUCGCACCCCACACGGGGACGUCUCCAGGACUGUAGGGGCAGAUCCGUUCUCUCCCUUUGGGACUCUACCUCACUGGUCUGGAAGCCCUCCGAAGAAGUAAUUAUUUUUCCAAAGGAAUUUGGUUUCGUGCUUGUGUACUAAGUCAGAAUUCACGCUUUUUAUACCCCUCCUCCUCGAUACCUUUUUUUUCUCUCUUUUUUUUUUUUCCUUUUUGACUGCCACCCCUCUUCUGGACGGUAGAUCCAACGUGUUUUGUGGUGUUGCACUAGUUUGUGCUCAGGGUAUUCUGAAUCCCACUCGUUUCCUGAUGUGAACUGGAUUCCAGUGCUUUGACCAAGGAUGUUGUUUUUCUAAGCGACACAAGCUUAUGACUCUUAAUCGUGCAAGGCUUUGUACGGCUUUGAACUUGAUGGGCGCAGUGAUGACAAGCAAAGAGAUGCAAAAUACAACUGUGUUAAUUAUUUUAAGGUGUUUCUAAAGAUUUUUUCUAUUGAAACUUAAAAGUUUAUAUUGACUGAGCUUCUAAAGAAAAUGGUAGAAACUCAAAGUUUUGUUUAGGAAAAGUUGACUUGUUAAACUUAAAAAUUGAAUAAAAAAGUGCAUUGAAACCACCUGGCUUGUGAUUUAAAAAAAAAUAUGAAUGCAUUAUUAAAAAAAAAAAAAAAACGUGUUGGUUAAAGAAAUGGAUGGAAUCCGAUUAGAAAUGAUUUGGCCUCCUUGUACUGGUCUAACAUACAAAUCCAGGAAUAUUUCAAGGAUAAUUUAUUUUAAAAUGGGAGUCCAAAAGGAGAAAUGAAUGAUACAUUUUGUGAUUCAAACGAUAAACAGAAUACUCACUAGAAUCCUCAGAAUUAUAGUCUAGAAGGGUGGGGGCAUUUCUUGGUAUAAGUAACUGGUUGAAGUUACUUGGGGCAAAAUAGACCUCAUUUUCUCUCUCUUUGUUGUUGUUGGGUAAUAAGAAAUGUCCGGACUAAUAUCACCACUUUUAUAAACAUGUUAGUUGACUCUUUUGCUCCACCAGUUUCCUUUUUUAUCUUUUUUCCAUUUAAAUUCAUGUUUGCAGUUAUGAGUCUUCGAUAACUGAAGCCCACAGGCAACCACACAGAGUUCUGACCCUUCUUUUACACUUUUAUAAUAUGUAGUGUUUAUACCGUAUGGCCCAGCGUAUUAUCUUAGAUUAUUCAAGUGCCUUUGGUCAUUGGUGGCAGCAAGACUUAAUGGUUUUUAGCCAGUGGUGCCACAGCCAGAUUUUACUGUAAUAUCUAAAGGGUCAAGUAGUGUUUUUGUACCACUAUCAUUUCAAAUUUGGGUAUUCUGCCAUGGAGCGAUCUGUACUGGGCUGGAACUUGACACAUGUAAUACUCAAUAUUAAGGUCUAUCUCUGCUUGGUAGCUUCUUAGGAGAAUAAUGAGAGCUGCAAUUUUGACUCUUAUGUUCUUAGAAUUUAAAUGGCAUAGCUUUCUGAAAUGAUUUUUUUCCCAAGUUUACUAGUCCAUUGUAGGAGCUUUGUGACUUCAAUUUCAGUGUUUUUGUUUUGUUAAGAAAAUAUUUUAUAUAUACACAUAUAUAUGACUUUAUACCACUUUCCCAGUAAAGCAUCAUAUUCUUUUAUUCACUAGUCAGCGCUAAUGCAUUGUUACAAACACUGUCACAUGAAUAAAUAAAAGUGAAUAAUUGGAAGAUGGAGAGUGUUAAAUUAUAUUUGUGUGAUAGGAAGCUUAUCUAUAUUCUUUUGGUUAGCUUCCACUGCCAAUUAUAUUUCACUUAUGUAGGGUUUCUCCUCAUCCGUUCCCCUCUCCCCCUCUAUUAACUUAGGCUAACUAGCACCUGAGGGGAAGAAAUUUGUAUUUGUACCACUUCACUUUGUAUAUAGUUUUAUAAUAAUUAAAGAAAUCUAAUGGCCAUAUUAGAAUGUAAUUUCAACAUACAGCUUAUCUAGAUAGUUUCCCAGAGGAUUUUGAAAUUAGACUUAGCUGGGAGGAUAACUUUCCUCAGAACAAAACAAACAUAUUCACUGACACCAUGCAUUUAUUGUAACAGAUUCUUAACAUUUUUUUUCUCUUAUGCCUUGUUACUUUAGUACACUUGAACUCACAUAAAUGCUUCUUUGGAUUACCUGGGCUGUCUGACUUCAGUUUGGAUCUAAUUGCCCUUCCUGAAUACAGUGUUAUUGGAUUGACUAAAAAUUCAUGCCAUUUCUAGUUUGUAAAAAUGAUGUAAAAAAAAAAAAUCAUUAUUUUUGCCAAGUUUAGCAUAUGUUACAACUUCUAAAAUGUGAAGAAACAACUAAUGUAGUUGAUUAGCAUAUUAAUAGGAAAGUGGAAGUAUUUUAUGGGUACUUUGGGGCAGAAUGUGAAAAUGAACUUGGCAUGGUGGCCUUUAUUGUGAGGCAGCCAUUUUCUGUCCUCUAAAGUGAGUCUGUAGCUUAGCUUGUAGAUAGUUUUUGUAAGAAAUCCUGUGAUCUUUAUUCAUUCUUUUACCUUCUCAUAUCUCAUAUGGCACAAGUAGAGAGGGGAAGCCAGAAGGAAGUGUAUCACCUUGCUAUGCUUCUAAUUUUUAACUCUUGAGUGCCUAAAUGUGGUGACUGGCACCUUAAAUAACCUUUUGAAAUUCCCGAUGUCAUUUUUUAUCCUUCCUGUCAACCAGCAACUUAUUUUUAUGUUAUGAUCGUUGAGGGCAAGUUUCAUUGUUGAUAGUGCAAAGUGUCAUUGUUGGGGGUGUGUAUUUAUUUUGUCCAAGUUUGAGUACCCUAUCGGGCAAGUGUAACUUAAGCCGGUGGCUGACACCUAUUGAUUUGCUAUGUGCAAAUCUGAAAACUCUUCAAUAAAAAAAUUUAAAAAAAACAUUAAAAAUAUUUGAAUACAAAAAACUGAGCAAUUUUGAACUCAAAGUUUUUUGUUGUUUUAAGGGUUGCCACAGCACCCUUUAAAUUGUGUUUUUUUAAUGGACAUAUAUUCAUAAUAUUUUAUCAGUGUGUAAAAUAUUUCUUGAUGGGCUGUUAUGUCUUAAGUGCAUUAUAAGGCAAUUAUUUGUAAUGGAAGUGAAUUUUUUUGGACAGUUUGAUGUGCAUAUGAGUAAGAUUUUACAAUCUGGUUGUACUUUGCUUUUUAAUUUAUUAACUGUAAAUAAAUUUUAGAAAAUA